UACAGGAAAUAAGCAAUGUAUGCAGGAUAACUGAACUGUGGGUUCAUUUAAUUUACGUUGUGAUAAUGUAAUAUACAUUAGAAAACAUGGUCUACAGAUGAAAAAACAACAACACUACAGAUCCUAAUAUAAUAUAUGAUGAUAGACAUAUGAUAAAUGAGAUGUUAUGAUUUAACGUGAACGUGUACAUAUGGAGCAUCUGUUGUGAUGUGUGUGUCCUGACAAGUGUUGUUACAAACUCGCACUCACACAGCCAGGAAAGCACCGACUCCGGCGGCAGACUCUCACCACAGCCAUGGGAAAGAGAUACUUGUGCGACUACUGCGAUCGGUCCUUCCAGGACAACAUGCAUAACCGCAAGAAGCACCUGAACGGAGUCCAGCAUCACAGAGCCAAAAAGGCUUGGUUCGACCUCUUCAGAGAUGCAGCACUCAUCUUAGCUGAUGAACAAGCUAAAAAACCAUGCAGGAAGUUUCUGCAGACAGGUCAGUGUGUAUUCGGUAUGAACUGCAGAUUCUCUCACCUGACAGAGGAAGAUAUGGAAAGAUUACAAGAACAGGUAGAAGAGGAACGAAGAGCCAGAGAGGAUCCCAGUGAGGCCAGGAAAUCCACUGAAAGGAGCAUUGAGGACUGGCUGGCCAGGAGAGAGAAGAGGAGUGAAGCCACAGACAGCAGCAGCAUUCUUCAAGUGGAAGGAGCGGAAAGUUCAUUUGGAAGCGAGCUUCCGGCACAGUUCAUGUCAUUCCCAGAUCUCCCGGCCUCCUUGCUCCCUCCCCCUCCCGGGGGGUGGAAGGACGUACCUGUCACAGAGUGGGGAUGAACAAACGACACAGCCCUGAGAUGCUGAGCUGCGAUGGGUGCACAGCCUGGGUUUCCAUUCUUUCAACUCUCAUACUGUGGGUGUGCACAGGGACAGGGACUAAACAAAUGCAUGGCAAUGACUGAAAGAGUUCUUGCCCGCUGCCUCUCUUGCACUGUGCUGGGACAUUAGUUGUACUACAAAACACUUCAAAUGACAUACAAACUCCUCCUCCAGAAGAAGGCAGCAGAACAAUUAAUGGAAAUGAAUCUGGCCUUUUCCAAAUGUCUAUGUAGAGUCUAUUUUCACCCAAAGGUUGAACCACACAAGUACGCUGUCACUGCCCAUGCUUGUCAGACAUUCUCUUAAUCAACACCUCAUGAGUUGUGUGGAGCCCACAGGUUUAUCAAGCCCUUGUCGAUUUUACAGUGUAUUCAUUUUUUACAUUUUGUUUCUUUUUUUUUCUUGAUGGCAUUGGUAAAGUCGUGUUUGCUGGUGUAUAGGGACGAAGAAGCAGCUACUGUUUAAAAAUAACAAAGCACAAAACCCAGCCAUCAUUUUAUUUUCCCUUUCACUCUGGUAUUGAUUGUGACACCAUUGACAGUAGAACAGAAGAACGCCCCCCCAGAUGUGCCGCAGUAUUGAUGAAACGGUCCGAUCCUUCCCAUCUGCAGGGACCGUUGCUGUUUUAGUUGACUGAGCCAGGGUAGGUUUAUCUGAAAUAGAUCCCACCUGCGGUGGUAAGCAAAUUAAUGUUGUUUUUACUGGACUGCAGAAAUAUUAGUAUGAGUGUAUAGUACGAGGGCAUUAACCGAAAUAGUGGUCUACCUGAUUUAGUUUCGUAUAGAAGUUUUAAAAGUUUUAAAACUAAAUUAAAAAUCUGUAGAAAGUGCUUUCAACAGCAAGGGACCGAGGUAAGAAAAUGACUUGCUGCAAAACCAGUUAUUUUAUCCUUUAGGGAGAGGUGGCAGUCUCAGUUCUGCUGUUCUAGGUGUGAUCCAAUUCUUUUCAGGUAAUGGGAAUGUGAUGUAUUGCAACACUUGUGGAGCGCAAUCAUUAGGUGGUAUUGUCAGUGGAGUAGAAGUGGUAAGCAGUUUAAAUUACUCCAAAUUGCUGGGUGACUGGGGUACAGAUCUUGCUGUUUUAUGAUAUAGAAUGUCAAGUCAGUUGGGGGUUGAUUUCAGAGUGAGAGCUCAUACCUUGUUUCUCAUUUGUGAGUGUUUAAAACCCAUGUUAUUCUCCAUAAUCCACUAUAUUGAUAAAAGUUAGAAUGUGUUAAAGGAAAGUGCUAUUCUGUGUUGUUAACUUCAAAAGGUGUAUUAAAAAAAUAAUCCGCUGAAA